AUGGAGGUAUCUGGUCGAAGGACAUCAAAUGACAGAAACUUAAGUUUAUCCAGAGGUUCAGCAGAUGACUUUGAGUUUUCAUGUCAGCCAUGCGCAGGUGAAGGACACCAUGUAGAAGCUUCGGGGUUCUGUCAAAACUGUCAGGAGUAUUUAUGCAUAACCUGCUACAAAUAUCACUGUAAACCAACCCCGACUAGACAUCAUGUUCUUCUGGAUAAAUAUAACAUGCCGAAACGUAGUGCGCCAGCGUCAGUUAAAUAUGGAUGUAAUUUGACCUGUACGAAACACGCCUCGGAAAUUGUAAAGUUUUUCUGCAAGCAGCAUGAUGCAGUUGGAUGCGGAGACUGUGUGAUUCUGGAUCAUAAAUCGUGUAAGAUCGAUUACAUUCCCGAUAUUUCUAAGGAUUUUAUAGAUGGCGGGGAAUAUGAACAGCUUGUUACACGGGCUAAGCAGCUUGAGAACAAUGCUAAAUCGCUGAAGAAAGAGAUAGAAGAAGAUGGUAAAGAAGUUUAUAGACUUUAUACUAAAGCAGUAUGGGAUAUUCGAGCGUUUCGAAAACAAGUAGAUAGGUAUUUGAUAGAUAUGGAACAAAAACUAUUGGAUCAAUGUGAAACACAGAAAAAGAAAUCGGACACAAUGUUAAAGGCUGUUAAGAGAGAGUUACAACCGAUGCAACUCGAACUCGAAAACCUCCAUUCACAGCUUACUUCACAAGAGAAGCAGUCCGGCGAUUUAUUUGUUCGAGCGAAACAAAUAAGUUUUCGCCUGAAGAAGAUAGAAGAAGAAUUGGAAAUUGUUGACGAGAAAAAUGAGCCAAGUAUGUUUAUGUUUGAGAAAAACAGUCAAGUCCUGGAUUAUUUCAAAACGAAACAAGGAUUUCUUGGUGGUCUUCGACCAGUUCAAAUUAGAAAUCGCCUGGCAAUGUCUCCAAAGCGUCUCCUUGAUUUAAAACUAACUCUUAUUGCAGAAGUCAGUGUAAAGUCUCCUUCUGAUGGGAAAAAAUGCUGGAUCUCAGGAAUGGUAGCUAUAGCUCCUGACACACUUGUGUGCACUGAUUAUAACAAUCACUCGGUGAAGCAGAUUGAUAUCAAAUCUGAUAAAACUACUUCUGAGCUUAAACUUACAACCGGACCUUGGGAUAUUACACACGUUUCAUACGAUCAGCUAGCAGUUACUGUGACCGAAGAAAGGAAAAUAUGCUUCUUGUCCUUUAGAAGUGGUCUGUCAAAGACUCGCUACAUUGUUGUUGAUGGGAAUUGUUACGGAAUAGUCUACAUCAAGAACAGACUUGUUGCAUCUUAUAUCAAUCCUCCAAAAGUGGAGAUUCUGAGUCUGGAUGGGAAAGUUAUACAGAGGAUUGAUACUGACAGCAGCGGGAAGGAUUUAUUUCAGUUUCCGCGGUAUGUAGCUGUUCAUCGGGAUGGAAACUGUAUUUAUGUUUCUGAUUUCAAAACUAAUUCAGUGACUAAAGUUACUACAUCAGGAACGGUACUUGAUACAUAUGAAGAGGCAAACCUGUCAUACCCGGAUGGAAUUGCCGUUUUUAGCGAUGGGUCAGUUAUAGUUUGUAACAGUGGAAAUCACAACUUACAUCUGCUGUCAUCAGAAAACAAGAAAAUAAAGACAGUUCUGAACACGACAGCGAGUCCAUAUGCCUUGUGUUUGAAUAGAGAAUCAGACUCACUUUUUCUGAGUUUUGAAGAAUCAAAACGUAACACAAUUCUCAAGUACAAAUUUACUUAUUAA